AUGAAUUUACAAGAUAUUUGCAUUCCUAAGGAUUCAAAAUACGGAGAGCAUCAGGCGCCGCUGCUGUAUUCAACCACCGAGAGUUUCGAUAAUAUACUUUCGAGCAGUGUAUUGCCACACAAGCAGUCUUCGUCUAGCAAUGUGAAUGGAGAGAGCUCUCUGAGAGUGAAUGGACAUAAUAAUCAGAUUCAGGGGGAUAGUGUUGAGGAUGUGAGAGAAAUAAAUACUGUAACUCAAGCGUCGCAAUCAGAGGGUAAGGUUUCGGUAGUAACUCCGUUUUUGGUGAAGCAUAUUAGUGACCAGUCCAUGAUACCCAAGGACAAUUUUCACCGGUAUUGCUACAGACAUAAUCCGGAUGUGACGUGCAAUAAACAGACUGAUGAGGUCAAAAUGAAGAACAUACAGAAACAGAUGGAGAAAUUGCCAUCGAGGGACCAGGAAGCCAUAAAUCACGUAUGGUCGAUUUUCAGUGCUGCGCCUGACCCGCAUAGGUCGUUAAUAUUACAAGGUUUGUUGAGUCAGUGUUGUUUUCCCCAGUUGUCAUUUAUAUCGCAAGAGGUGAGUUCAUUAAUUAAGAUUGAUUUCAUUUCGACCUUGCCAAUGGAAAUAUCAUUAAAAAUAUUGUGUUACCUUGACUGUGCAUCGUUGUGUAACGCAGCACAAGUAUCAAGAAAAUGGAAAUGUCUUGCUGAUGAUGACCGGGUGUGGCACCACAUGUGUGAGCAACAUAUAGAUAGAAAGUGUCCAAAUUGUGGAUGGGGUUUGCCGUUAAUGCAUAUGCAAAGAGCGAGACAUAUGAAUAACGAUGAACAUAAUAGCAAAAAGAGAAAGCUUGAGACUGUGGAGCCGUCAAAUGGAUCUAACAGUUCGGAAGUGGAAUUAGAAAUUAAAAAGAUGAAGGUUACACAAGACGAACAAGACAAACAACGCAAACUCUUAAAGAAAAGACCAUGGAAAUCGGUCUAUAGUGAAAGAUUUAAGUUGGAAAAGAAUUGGCGUAAGGGUAUAUAUAAAAUCAAAACGUUUGAAGGUCACACGGAUGGAGUUACAUGCUUACAAUUUAAUAGAAAGUAUCUUAUGACUGGUUCCUAUGAUAAUACUGUUAAAAUUUGGAAAGUGGAGACUGGCGAAUGUUUGAGAACCUUGACUGGACAUACGAAGCCAAUAAGAUCAUUGGUAUUUGAUUCUCAAAAAUUGAUAACUGGUGGCUUGGAUUCUACGAUAAAGGUUUGGAACUAUCAUACUGGUGAAUGCAUCUCAACAUACAGAGGUCAUGACGCGGCUGUAGUGAGUGUUGAUUUCCUGAAAAAAACAAUUGUUUCCGGUUCAGCUGAUCACACGGUCAAGGUAUGGCAUGUUGACUCCAGAACUUGUUAUACAUUAAGGGGACAUACAGAUUGGGUCAAUUCAGUUAAGAUUCAUCCUUUAUCAAACACGGCUUUCAGCGCUUCUGAUGAUACCACCAUUAGAAUGUGGGACUUGCAAAAUAACCAAUGUUUAAGAAUUUUUGGAGGAGUCGAUAACAACGGGCAUUUGGGUCAUGUGCAAUGUGUGAUCCCAUUAAUUUAUAAGGAUAAAUUAAUACAAGAUAAUAAUGAGAGCGAUGGAGAAAAUAAUGAAGGUAUUACCCACAAUAAUUUAAAUGCCAAUCAGGAAGAUCUUAAUGAAGAGAUCAAUAAUACCCAAUUAGCUGACAAUAAAAAUUAUCCAACACAUUUAUUGACUUCAUCUCUAGAUAACACAAUUAAACUUUGGGAUGUUAAAACAGGUAAGUGCAUUAGAACUCAGUUUGGUCAUAUUGAAGGAGUGUGGUCUAUUAGUGCUGAUACAUUUAGAAUUAUCAGUGGUGCCCAUGAUAGGUUAAUUAAGGUAUGGGAUUUACAAAAUGGUAAAUGUUUACAUACCUUUGGAAAUAAUUCGAUUGUUAGUUGUGUUGGUUUAAGUGAUUCAAGAUUUGCAGCGGCUUUGGAAAAUGGGUGUGUUAAAAUGUACUGUUUUGAUUAA